GUGCGCACGCGCGCCGAGACUUGACGGCCAGAGGUAGUGCUGGCCCAGUGGCGGCAGUUAAGGGAUGUGGCGCGAGUCCUGGAGAGAGCAAUUAACUGAGAAGUCUUGAAAAGGGAGAGUGACUGUUGGGUCUUUGGGGGGAAAAAAUGGAGUCCGAAGAGCAAGACGUAGAACAGCCCUUCUGCUUGAGCGUGAAAGGCCUUGUGAAGAUGCUGCGGCUGGCAGUAAAUGUGGCAUCCAUGACCUUUUUCAUCAUCGCACAAGCCCCUGAACCAUACAUCGUUAUCACUGGAUUUGAACUCACCAUUAUUUUCUUUUUCAUAGCUUUGUAUCUAUGCAGACUUGACAAAGUGAUGAGAUGGUUGUUUUGGCCUUUGCUUGAUAUUACCAACUCAAUGGUAGCAACAUUAUUCAUGCUUGUUGUGUCUGUGUUGGCAUUGAUACCAAAACCUUCAACAAUGACAAUCCUUGGAGGCGUGUUUGGUCUUCUAACAGCAGUAUGUGCUAUUGCUGACUGUGCCCUGGUGUACCGAAAACUUCUUCUUAAUCCAAGUGGACCUUACCGGAAACGUUCUCCUGAUUACAGCAAAGAUGAAAGUCAAUAAUUUGUAUUCAUUUUUACUAGUUAUUAAACAUAUUUCUUUAUUCUUCCA